AUGGCCACUUCCUCUCGUCGAGUACCUCUGGCGAGCCUCGCAAACGCCACCAACUCCCCCCACCGUCCUCUCAGCAACAGUGGUUCCAAACGGCCGAGGAGUCUAGCCAAUGUCUCCCAACAGGAAAACGAACCUCCUCAGAAACGUCUGGCUGUGGAGAAAAAUGCUAAAGAGCUCAACAACCCCUCAACGCCUCACAGGCAGUCACAGUCGUCCAUGCCAGAAGGCCGCGUCUUUGAACGAGGCCAUGGAGAGUCCGGGUCUACUGCUUUUCAAAGGAAACUGGUUGCUGUUCGAGACAAGAGUGCGGGCCUUCGGGUGACCAAGAAUGUCGACCAUCCUCCCAAGGAAGAAACCAUUCGCACCUGGCAAAGACAUUAUCGAAAAGUGUUUCCCUCAUUUUCCUUCUACUUUGAUGGUGUCUCGGAGAAUGAUCGGGCUCGUUUCCUCAGGCAAAUCACUUUACUCGGAGCGAAAGAAGAAAAAUUCUUCUCAAAAGCCGUCACACACAUCGUCACGAUGCGCCAUAUUCCAGCCGAACUUGGGAGAAAUACCUCAACCGAAAAUGAUUCUGUACAGUCUCCCGUGGAAGACCAGCCCCAGACAAUAAACCCUUCACUGCUGGAAAAAAAUCCCCGCGGGCACUUAGCCGCCAAUAUUCGACGCGAUGGGAUGAAUCAGAUGGAUAUCCUGGUCCGAGGAAGAGAAAUGGGAAUGAAGAUAUGGGCAACUGAAAAGCUCCAAAGAGUUCUCUCGUCCAUACUCGAAGAUGCCGCGAAUCAUGGUCACCAUCCUCGUGGAUCGACACAUACAAUUCGGCCUCAGCAUGAAGAUCUGGGACAAGUGUUGAAGAAUGAAAAGCUGGGAGCCACGUCUGAACGUGAGCAACCUUUUCUGUCUCUAGUGACUUUCAAAGGUCCUUUUAUUUAUGUCCAUGACAUGGAUGAGAAAUAUCGUCCGACCAUGGUCAGAGAUUAUCCAAAAGUGGCAAGACGAUCAGAUGGAGAAUGGCCACAAUUCCGUUCUGCCAGUAUUGGAAAAUGUCCUUUCGUGGAAGAUCCAGCUAUGAAGAAGGAGAUCGAGCAGGAAAUGAAUAGGGCUAGAAUGUUGGCCAUGCAGCAGCAGCAGCAACAACAACAACAACAACAACAGCAAAUACCUCGAACAAGAGUCCAUGUCGCUGUCGAGACGGCCAAGCUUGAGCCUCCGCGUCGCGUCAGUCCACGCAAAGCUCUUCAAGGAGUUCAUAAUGUACACACACACAUGGACCUUGAUGUGGACAAGAGGGAUAAGAAACCACAUCCAUCUGCUCCGGAACGACAAUCUUCAUUCCCCCCUAUGCCGGAACGACCAGCAUUUGAAUUUGUUCGACCACCUCAACUACACAUGGCAAGAGAACCGACAGCUUCUGGAAUACAGAGAUCAAACUUGACGUCGGCUAUCCAGUCCCAGAUGAUCUCUUCCACAGCAGCCACCGGAGUCAAAGCCGGGACAAGUAAAGAGGUGCAUCACCAACUGAAACGCCAAGUUCUGGAACGUACUCAUACGGGAAGUCUCUCUGUUGGAUCCAUACCUUCUUCUCAUCGGAUGAAUGACCUUGCAGGAGUAUUGCAAACUGUUCGCGCACAGCGAGCGGCCAAGAGCAAGGCACAGGAAAAAUUAGGUGGAAUUCAAGAAGGAGAUUCUCAUGUAGAUGACAUUGCAGCAGAACGAGCCGUACCAACCACAAAGAGAAAGAAGUCGGCGAAGAGAGAUCCUAAGCCAGGAUAUUGCGAGAAUUGUCGGGAUAAAUAUGAAGAUUUUGAAGAGCAUAUUCUUUCACGCAAGCAUCGAAAGUUUGCUAUGACUCGAUCGAAUUGGGCUGAACUGGACGCGCUUCUUGCCAAGCUGCAAACUUCAUGA